UUUAAUAUUAUGAACCGUAUUUUUAGAACAAAGGAAAAGAGUGUAGUAAACACAGAGUACACACAGAGGUACAGGUAUAGUACCGGUGUGUACAGAGGACAGUGUGGACAACACGGUCUCCCUUCUGUCCUUCAUGCUCCCUUACACACGCGCGCACGCACGCGACGUCCACUGGCUGUACAACACACGCACAUAAACAUGGCGGCCUCUGUUUCUCCACUACGCUCCUCCUUCAGGAUUUGUAGCCCGUUAUCUUUACACCAUCACUGCUGCCGGGCAAAGCUGCGGACGCACAGAAAAUGCGAGAGUCAGCGGAGACACCUGCAUCUUUCCGCAGUCAGACAUGCUGCUGUGGUGAUUUCAGGGACAGAGUUGGCUCGUCAGCUCCACAGAGAAAUCCAGCGAGAUGUGGAGGAGCUGGUAGCUCAGGACAACAUGAGACCCCACCUGGGAGUUGUCUUAGUCGGAGACAACCCAGCCAGUCGUACCUAUGUCAAGAAUAAGACACGGGCAGCUACCAUCCUGGGCAUUUCCAGCGACACCGUGGUGCGGCCGAGCUCUGUCUCCCAGGAGGAGCUGCUGGAUCUGAUUGACAAGAUGAACCGUGACUGGAGAGUCAGCGGUCUGUUGGUGCAGCUGCCCCUACCCGAGCACAUCAACGAGCGGGCGGUGUGUAACGCCAUCGCUCCAGAAAAGGAUGUUGACGGUUUUCAUAUUGUAAAUAUUGGAAAGCUAUGUCUGGACCAGAGAUCCAUGGUGCCUGCCACGCCUGCAGCAGUCUGGGAGAUCAUCAAAAGAGCAGGUAUUAAGACAGUAGGGAAGAAUGUGCUGGUUGCCGGUCGCUCCAAAAACGUCGGAAUGCCAAUCGCAAUGUUGCUGCACUCUGAUCGCAACCAUGAACGCCCUGGAGGAGACGCCACAGUGACCAUUGCCCACAGAUGUACACCGAGGGAGCAGCUGAAGGAGCUCACCAGCCUGGCUGACAUCAUCAUCGCAGCUGCAGGUGUUCCCAGACUGAUUACAGCAGACAUGGUGAAGGAAGGCGCAGCAGUCAUCGAUGUGGGCAUAAACCGAGUCCAUGACCCCAAAACAGGAAAAAUGCGACUAAUUGGUGAUGUGGACUUUGAGGGAGUGAAGGAGAAAGCCGGGAUCAUCACUCCUGUUCCUGGAGGUGUUGGUCCAAUGACAGUUGCCAUGUUGAUGAAGAACACUGUGACGGCUGCCAAGAAUGCACUGAUGCAUUAAACACAGUAUUAAAGACAUUCACCUUAGUGAAUGCUAGCGAGUACUGUAGGCAUAUACACACUGAACAUGCAGUACAUAUACAUGUACAAACACUGUAUGAACAAAAGUUGAACAUUUGUG